GGUACCUGCUCUCGUACGGCUUUUAUUCCAUGUUUGAAACACACUUCCGGCAGCCAGGAUUGUGCAAGGAACAGUGAAAUAAUGCCUCCAAAGGUCAAGAAACCAAACGAACCUUCAAAGAAGACAGAGCAGAAGAAAAAGGAAAAGAUAAUAGAGGAUAAGACAUUUGGUUUAAAGAACAAAAAAGGCUCUAAGCAACAGAAGUUUAUCAAGACUGUAACACAUCAGGUGAAAAAUGCUGGACAAAAAGUUAAGCUUGAAGAGUUAAAUAAACCUGGUGAUAAGAAGGCAAAAGGAAAGGAAAUAGAUGAGUUAAAUAAAUUGUUCAAACCAGUACAGACUGUUGGAAAAGGUGUUGACCCGAAGUCUGUUGUAUGUGCUUUCUUCAAGCAAGGGCAGUGUACUAAAGGUGAUAAAUGUAAAUUCUCACAUGACCUCAACGUUUCACGGAAAUCAGAAAAGAAGAAUCUGUAUGAAGAUGUGCGUGAUGAUGAGGACAAGAUGGAAAAUUGGGACGAGCAGAAGCUUGAGGAGGUUGUCAACAAAAAGCAUUCAGAAGCAGAAAAGGCAAAACCUAAAACUUCAAUUAUUUGCAAAUUUUUUCUAGAAGCUGUAGAAAAUUGUAAAUACGGCUGGUUUUGGACAUGUCCGAAUGGUGGAAAUGAUUGUAAAUACAGACAUGCGCUGCCCCCAGGAUUUGUAUUAAAAAGAGAUCAGAAGAAAGAAGAAAAGGAAGAAAAAAUUUCUAUAGAAGAACUGGUGGAAAAAGAGAGAGCUGCACUAGGUCUGAAUACAACCAAAGUUACCUUGGAAACAUUUUUGAAAUGGAAGGAAAGAAAGCGAAAAGAAAAGAUGAAGAUUCAGAAGUCAGCACAGGAGAAAAAGAAGAGUGACUUUAAACAGGGGAAAGCAUUUGGAAUCAGUGGACGAGAAAUGUUCGAGUUCAACCCCGACCUUGUGCAGGGUGAUGAUGAAGAAGCUACGGAAGAUUACCUGGAGCGUGAGGACCAGGAAGAGGAUGAGGGCGGUGCUAAUGUUAAAGAAAUUGAUGUUGGCAUGUUUGUGCCGACUGAAAUAGAUGGCACAGGAACACGAGCAGAACAACGGACAGCAGAGACUACAGCAGAAGGGACUGUGCCCACCAUGAAUGGAGUUGUCGGUGAUGAUGAAGCAAAUAAAAUGGAUGAGGCAGGUGCAUUACCAAUGGCAACAGGCGGCACGGGAGAUACUGCCGAUGGAGCUAUCGCUAUUGCAAUGGCUGCAACAAAAGAUGGUGAUAUGAACAUUGAAAUUGACGAGGAUUUGUUUGAUGGUGAAGACCUUGAUGCUGUUGAAGAAGAUUUAGAAACGCUCGAUCUUGAAGAUUGACAUCGGCAAAAUGGUGUUAAUGUUUACACCAAGAAACCUUUGGCUACCUGGGAACUUACACUUACAUGCAUUACCAGUGCUGCCUCCUGACGGCAGUUUAAAUAUGAGCCAUGCCAUGGGAAAACCAACAUAGUGGGUGUGCGACCAGCAUGGAUCCAGACCAGCCUGCGCAUCCGCGCAGUCUGGUCAGGAUCCAUGCUGUUCGCUAACAGUUUCUCCAAUUCCAAUAGGCUUUAAAAGCGAACAGCAUGGAGCCUGACCAGACUGCGCGGAUGCGCAGGCUGGUCUGGAUCCAUGCUGGUCGCAUACCCACUAUGUUGGUUUUCUCAUGUCACGGCUCAUAUAUAGAACCACACUGUGUAUUUUAUUUGAAAAUAGCAUUUAUAAAACAAUAAUGUCAUUUUGAAUAAGAAGCAGAAAGGUAGCCAUUUAAUAUACCUGGACGUCAAAAACAAGAUGUGUUAAGUUGAAAGAAAAAUGAAUAAAGUGCUUUAGAAAAUAAGAUAAAUGAUAAUUUUAAUUUAUGAGAAAGUCAAGCAGCAGAUGUUUAUAGUCUAAACUAGCAUGGGAGUACUUUCCAUUUGAUUUCAUCCAGGUCAUGUCAUGAGGUUUUGUGAAUUAUCAUGAGGUAUAAUGAACAUGUGUUUAAAAAAAGUCAUCAUUCAUUAGUCAGUAGCUGGCAUUUGCAACUUUUUUGUUGCAGCUUUUUCUGGGUAGCCAGAGUAUAAGUUGACUGUUUCUGAGCGAGAUUUUUCUCUGUAAUACAAUACGUAUGGUGUUCCGAUAUGGCCAUUGUACUGUUGACACCUGUAGAGGUAAGGGGGAUAUUGUGUUAUCUUGCUGUCGCAUCGUUCUGUCGUGCUGUCACAUUGUGUUAUCGUAAUAUCACCCUUAUCUCUACAGGAGUGGACAGUAUGACAGUACAAUGGCCCUGUUGGAACUCUGUAAAUACCUCUUGUAUGCCAAAUGGUUGUUCAGUUUAGCAGUGACACUGACUGACAGACAGACAGACAGACAGACAGACAGACAGACAGACAGACUAGAGACCUUUUCCUUAUCUUCAGUUCAUGAAAGUAAAAAUAUAAUGUUACAUUAUGUGAAAUACUAGUCUUGUUUAACUAAAUUUGUCAGUUCAGUAUUUAAAGUUUUCAGCAUUUUGAAGAUUUUUGAUUAACAGUGAAUGAAAGUGUUCCAUUUUAGUGCAUCUGCACUUAAAGUUUUGAGUAAUAAGUUCAUGAGAAAACUGUUUCAUACACAUACAUUUAGUAAUACCUCAAGUGCUGUUAAUCUAUUGUAAUAUAGCUGUUUUUAAAGUUAAUAUACAUAAAAGUACUUAUAAUUUAAAAGUAUGACUUUGGAUAAAUGUCUAUAUACUGUCAAACUUGUGUUCUGUGGCCAUUAUAGUAACUGCAGACCUAAUUAUGGAAUUUCUGUUAUUGUUCAGAAAUUAUUUAGAAAUAACCAGGGAACUCAUUUUAUUGGAAUAUAAUAAAAAUUGAUAGGCUUCUUUUACAAUUAUAGUUCUAAUAUUAUUGAGGAAAUAAUUUAUACAUGUUGAAUUGAACACAUUGGAGUUUUCAUCACUGCCAUGAAAAUGUAUGUUUUAGUACAUUAUUGCAAAUCUUAUAGAAAAGCAAGUGUUCAUGUUGAAUAAAGGGAAGUAACUGACACAAGUUUGGCUGUAUGUUAUGGAGUGUUAUAUUUUUCUCAUUCUCUGCUCAUCCCUGUACAUUGGAAUAUGGAGAAAGUAAACAAUUUGUACAGUU